AUGGUAUUGUCAGAGGGAAAUAAAAGUGGGGCCACGUUCACCCUCUUGGGCUUCUCAGAUUACCCAGAGCUGCAGGUUCCUCUCUUCUUGGUAUUUCUGGCUAUCUACAGCAUUACUGUUGUAGGAAAUCUUGGAAUGAUUGUGAUCAUCAGAAUUAACCCCAAACUUCACACUCCCAUGUACUUUUUCCUCAGCCAUCUCUCCUUUGUGGAUUUCUGCUCUUCCUCCAUCACUGCUCCCAAGAUGCUGGUGAACCUAGUUGUAGAAGACAGAUCCAUUUCGUUUUUAGGAUGUGUACUACAAUUCUUUUUCUUUUGUACCUUUGUGGUGACUGAAUCCUUUUUAUUAUCCAUGAUGGCCUAUGAUCGCUUUGUGGCUAUUUGCAACCCUCUGCUCUACACAGUUGCCAUGUCCCAGAAAUUCUGUGCCAUGCAGGUGGUUGGAUCAUAUGCAUGGGGAUUAGCAUGUUCCUCGAUACUCACAUGCUCUGCUUUCAACUUACAUUUUCAUGGUUUCAACACAAUCAAUCACUUCUUCUGUGAGUUCUCCUCACUACUCUCUCUCUCCUGUUCUGAUACUUAUCUCAACAAGUUGCUACUGUUCAUCUUUUCCACCUUUAAUGUGGUGAGCACACUGCUCAUUAUUCUCACCUCUUACGUGUUCAUCAUUGUCACCAUCCUGAAGAUGCACUCAGUCAGCGGGGGUCGCAAAGCCUUCUCCACCUGUGCCUCACACUUAACUGCCAUCACCACCUUCCAUGGCACCAUCCUCUUCCUCUACUGUGUUCCCAACUCCAAAAACUCCAGGCACAUGGUCAAAGUGGCUUCUGUGUUUUACACACUAGUGAUCCCCAUGUUGAAUCCCCUGAUCUAUAGUUUCAGGAAUAAGGAUGUCAAGGACACUGUCACUAUGAUAAUAGGCACUAAAGUCUUUUCUCACUAA